AUGGCGAAGCAGUGGAUCGACAUGGGGCGUGAGUCGCUGCGCGAGCGGCUGCUGCUGGCCCAGGUGCGCCACAGGGACUGGACGCUUGACCGCGGCGGCGUGGUGUACAAGCGCCUGCGGGAGGAGAACAGGCUGGCCAGCCUGGUGGAGAACGGCAGGCAUGCUGGGAAGUCCAGGGUCCAAUUUGUGGGCGUCCAUUGGCUCAAGAUUCGUUUCCACAUUUGGCGCAGAGAUUUCUACACAUCCCUCACAAAUCUCAGUCUGGCGAAGUGCCUUUUCAUGUUCUUCAUCACACUGCUCUCGCUGUUGUGCAUCUGGGCCACGAUCUACCAUUUCGCAUACCACCACGAUCCCAGCUGCUUCGAUGGCUUUGACUCCAGAUUUCAGCCAGCCUUCAUGUUUGCACUGGCGACCCAGCAGACCAUCGGCUAUGGCACAAGGGCAGUGACCCACUGCUGGACAGCGACACUAUUAGUCACUGUGCACUCGCUCACCUCCACCGUCGUUUACACCUUCCUCACCGGCGUCGUCUUUGCGAGGAUCGCCAACCCCGCCCGGCGGGGGCGGACCAUCCUCAUCUCCGACUCUGCGGUCAUUGGCCGCAGGGACGGCGUCCUGAAAUUCAUGUUCCGGAUUGGAGACAUGCGACCGGGCACAGUGAUGGACCCCCACGUGACCGCCCACCUAUUUCUGUGCGACCCGCGGCGCCGGUCUGCUGAGGGCGAACGGCUGCCGGUCGUGGCCCAGCGGCUUCCCCUCAAGUUCGUGUCGGGUUCCAUGUUGCUUCCUGUCGUGGUGGAACACACCAUCGACGAGUCGUCACCGCUCCAUGGCCACAACCACACGACACUGGAGGACGUCAGCGCGGAAAUCGUGGUCACUUUUGGCGGGCAGACGGAGGCGGGGGGAGUGUUCACUGCACGGCAGUCAUACCUGUCGUCCGAGAUCCACUGGGGCUAUAUCUUCACGCCAAUCGUGAAGCCGCCCACGGGGGACAAGACCACGUAUGACGUGGACCUUCUCAGGUUUCACUCCAUCGAGCCCCAAGAUUUGGGUUUAGGGGACAACCCGCGCUGGGAGAUGUCCGACUUCGUGCGCAGUCACAACCCGAGCCAGCUUCCCAGCAGCGAGUUGGGAGAGAACAACCUGGCGAUCAGUGAUUGCGUGCUGGUGGCCCCAAGGAACGGAAGUCUGUGUCUAAUGUUCAGGGUGGGCGACCGCCGCCCCUCAGACAGUCGCGAGGCGUCAAUCAGCGCCUACCUCUACCGGUGGAGUGGUCAAAACGGUCAACGCUGGUCAACGGAAGAUUCUCCCUUUGCCUGCGAGAAGCUGCGUCUCGACCGGGAGCAGGUUCUGCUGCGCUUCCCCGUCACCGUGUGCCACGUCAUCGAUGACACCAGCCCGUUGAGAAGUUGGCGGGAAGCUGAUGGAAUGCAGCGCGACGCCACGGCCGAGAUAUGCGUGGUGAUGUCAUCGGGCCCAUGGAUCCAGAGGAUGACGUACAGUGUGGCGACGCACGCCAAGCGGGACUUCCACUUCGCGCCCGUCGUUCUGCCGCCCGAGGCGGCGGUCGAUGGGCACCAACAGUCAACGCCCUCCAUUGACUGGUCAGCGUUCCAUCGCAGCGAGCGCAUUGGGGACAGGCAUGGCCCUGGAUGUGGGGAGAUUAAGCCGGCACCCAUGACCACGAAAGGAUCGAAAAGAUGA